CAGACAUAUUCUGGUCAUGGGAUACUGUAAUAAUGAUGGCGGACGAUGCGGUGACGCAAGAGUUGAUGGAGCGCAAGAUCAAGCGGCGGACGUACAUGCGUAACAUAAUGCGUCAGUACAAGAAGGACAGGAAGAUGGAGGUUGUGUACUGUACUUGAGGAGUCUGCAGGAGAUGCUAGAAGCCGAACUGCAGUACCUCGCGGCGCGACACUCGACUUCCACAUCCUCGACGUUGGAGUUGUCAUGGAAAGAAGUGGCGCGCGCUUUCAAAGACGAACGGCAUCAAGCCGUGGUAGAGCAAGCGGAGGUCAAAGCUGUCGUCUUGGAAUACCAGUCGUUGGCUCGAGACAUGCAGCAUUGGGUCACCGUCCAGAUGUCAGUUCCAGACGCUCUCAAUGUUCGAAUCCCAGCGGUGGAGGCUUGUGCACCUUCCGUCGAAUCCUCGAUCAAGAACUCUAGGGAAGGAAUGGAUCACACAACGCAUGUAGCACAACCUGGAGCAAGUGUUCAAGGACCACCACAUGCCGCCCCCCCAUACUUCGAACCCCGAGUCCUUUGAGUUCGCCGUGUCCUCAGACAACACGACGCUCGACUUUCUCCAU